AUGAAAAUCUAUCUAUCUAUCUAUCUAUCUAUCUAUCUGUUGCAGUCUAUCUAUGUCUGUUCCUAUCUAUCUAUCUAUCUAUCUAUCUAUCUAUCUAUCUAUCUAUCUCAGUCUGUUCAUAUCAUAUCUAUCUAUCUAUCUAUCUAUCUAUCUAUCUAUCUAUAUAUAUAUAUAUAUAUAUAUAUGUAUCUUUUCUUACUUCCUCUCUUUCUCUUAUCGUCCUGUCUAGGGGCUUGGCCGACGAUUAAGUUGAAACUGCUAUCUUUCUCUCUCGCUCCUUCAUUUCGCGACUCGUCUAGGGACUUGGGUGACAGACAAAUCAAAGAUGUCUUCUAUCUCUCUUUCGUCCCAUGUAGCGGCAGUCUGCAUACGUCGUCGUUUAUUUCCCAAAAGUCAACAUUUCUUUCGUGUUCCACGCGCUUGCGUUCGGUCAUCCGUUCGAGGUUCGAAGAGGGACUUUUCUUUUUUUGCUUAGCCAACCAAAACUUUUGCUUUCAUAGCAAACGGGUCCAUCUAUUCCAUUCGAAGAUGAAUUCUCUUUCUCGUAUUUUUGCAAACACGUCCGUCGGCCCUUAA